AUGUAUGGCCGCGAGCUCCGAGCCGGGCGCCCAACGGUGCCGGCUUGGCCGCGGCGGCGGCGGGGUUGCGGUCUCUCCCACACCCCGGGGACCAGGAGAGGACGCGAAGAAGGCGCCGGCGCUCUGCAGCUCGGGCCCUCCGCAGCUGCCGCCGCCCGGCUGAGGCGCGAGGGGGCCGGCUGCGGUCCCCGGCGCCUGGGCGUCGGGAGCCUUAAGGCUGCGCACGGGGUUCGCAAGUGCGGCCAAAGCCAGCGACUGAGGUCGAGGAAGGAGGGGUCGAAUGGAAGCGGGUUUCUCGAGGAGGGAGGACACUGUUGGCUGUGCCAGAGCCCGAGCGCCGGCUGUGCUCAGUGUGCAUCCCACACAGGUGUUUGGCGUGGUCUGCUCACUCACUGGGCUACCAGAUUCACCCUGGAAAGAGAUGAAAGAUAUCUGCAGGGGACAACCAGGGAAGUGUGCCCAGCGCUUGUCAAGAGCCUGCGCACACUGGAUCUCGCUCCUGGGCGGCUAGAACUGGAAAGCAUGUCUGACUCCACGUGGUCCAGCCACGCUCCCCGCACUGCCUGCGUUCGAGAGCUGGGGGGUCCGGGGACCAGAGCCAGAGCAGGGACGAGGGCUGUUCCCGGUGCACCCCACGAGGGCACGGCCCACCCAGGCCAGCAGGACCUCACAACCCUGUCGAAGAAAAAGAACCAAAACAGAUAACAGGAAAGUUAUUUAUUGCUGUGCAACAAAUUGCCCCACAGUUUAGCAGCUUGAAACAAACAUUGUUCCCACAGCUCCUGUGGGCCAGGAGACCAGGCCCAGCUCAGCUGGUGCCUCUGCCCAAGGUCUCUCCCGAGGCUGCCGUCAGGGUGGCCGCCAGGCCUGGUCUCAGGUGGAGGGCGGGCGAGGGCGGGCCGCUGCCCAGCCGCCGGCAGAGGCUGUGGGCAGGAUUCAGUUCCUCACAGGCUGUCAGACUGAGGGCCUCCUCGUUCUUUUCUGCUUUUUGGCUGGAGGCCUCACUCACUUCUUGGCAAUAUGGGCAUGUCCAGAAGGCAGUGCACAGCAUGGCAGGCGGCUCCGUCCUGCAAGACGGAAGGCCACCUCUUGUGACCUACUUUAGAAGUGACACAGAAGUGACAUCCCGUCACGUUUGCUGUAUUCUUUUGGUGUGGGUUCAGCCCGAGUUCCGGGGAGGGGAUUACACAGGGUGUACAUAGCAGGAACUGGGGUGUCAGGGCCGUCUCCAGCUGCCUACCCAGAUGUUCCACGCGCCUCCUGUGUCUGUGCUCUCACCCUGGUCCUCGGGCUCCGGGGGAGGGUCUCACUGGAGCGUGCAGCACUCGCUCAGUACGUUGUCACUCUGUCUCACUGCUGACUUAGCAGCCGAAACCUGCAUUGCUUCCUCAUGAGAUGGGUGUGUCCGGAGAGUCAAGCCGCAAAUGCAAGGAUGCACUUGUUCGGAAAGCCUCCCUCCACAUCCCGCCCUCUUUGAACCUUUCCAGGGCAUCUCGUUAUUUUUAAUUCCCAUUUCCUGAGUGACAUAGAGCAUCUCUUCUGAAGCUCACGGCUUAUUAGUAUUUUUCUCAGAGCUGGAUCAGGCCCGGAUCUAUCUAUACUUCCCGAGGUCCCUGCUGGUGUAGUCCCGGGAGUGGAGGAUCAUUAGGGAAAUUCCGGAAGCCGGCGCGGGGGAAGAGCUCUGCCCUGGCGCCCUUGCGGUAUCCACAUAGGCCAUGCAGACAAGGCUGGGCCACAGCUGACUCUCGGUCUCAGCGCAGUGCCUCGCCGGCCUCCCAGCAGGCCGGCCCCGCUUGCUGUGAGGCCCGAGGCUUCCUGCCCCACCACCUGGGGCACAGGCUAGAAAAGAGCUUGGCUCCAGCGUGGCAGCAUCUCCUCGAAGCAGGGUGUCCUGGCAUCCUCGUGUCACUCAUCUGGUCACUGUUUCCUGCAUCACCCUGCACAAGGUCCAUGGGAAGCUGGCACCUCUGGCUACUCCUCCUUUUGUUGUCUGUGCAAAUAAUAAACUGAAUCUGAAAAGGGCUCAUAUUUCUUUACCAGCAAA